AUGCCAUUGGGAUCUGGAGCUGGGGUUAGGAUGAUGGAAAAAAAUGACCAGUUUACGUCGAUCCAAUACACCUGCGACGACCGAAGAGAUGACUUACGCGCCCAGUGGAAGGCUUUAAUCCAUCUAAAGGGUGUUGCAGAAGUGCCCAACAGCGCUUCCAUGGUGGCGGCAGCCGAGUGGAUACGUCAUAGACACGCCAAUGAACAUACAUGGCCAGCUUCCAGAACGUUGCUGUGUUCUUAUGGAAGGACUUUCGUUGAGAUCUGCGUUUGUUUCAGAAAAGGAUGCUAUCAGUGCGGUGCGCUCCUGCUUCUUUCCUUCACUACCUUUGGUAUGCCCUCUAUAUCGGCUGCACUGAUCGAAGCGGCCCGAACGAAGGAGUCUUUCUGCGAACCCGAGGAGAACGAAACAUGUCGGUCUCGCAUACGGCCAUGGAAAUGCUCUCCCAGGCAUAUCUUCCACUUCUUCGUCGAGCAGUUUUACCCACACCACCUGAAGAUGUUCGUUCUAUUCAUCAUUGCAGCACUGCAUCUAGCCUACACCAGAGAAUUUCUAACAACUUUCCGCGCAUACGAGUCUCUUGCCAACCAGGUUGAGUUUCGUGCAUCACCAGGAAUUGAAAGUCGUGAUGACAUUAAUCUGGUACGAUUUGUCAUGAUAGCAUUUGUCGAUUACAAAAAGAACUUAUGGAUGACAGUGGGAGCGAUGUGUGCAUCGUUAUCGACUAGUGCUAUUAUCGUGUUCUUCUACAACACGUACUGGCAUCAGAUGAGCAAGAUCACAAGAGUAGUAGUGUGCGUGGUGGACAUGGUCGCAUUCUUGUCGCUGCCAUUUUUGCUCGGUGCUCGGCUGAUGAUCGCAGUGAACCUCACUACGUAUCUCGAACCAUCACUCCGUGCAGCUUCCCGUCUUGUGUCUACUAACACAUUCAUGAAUGACCUUGUAUGCUCUAUCAUUACAAGAGAAUCGCUUCCGCUAUGCAGCAUGGUUGUUGAACGAUCGAUCUUCCCGAUUCUGAUCCUGAAAUAUCUCAUUGUGCUUUGUGUUUUAACUGCAGCUUACAUUCUUCUCGCUUAUAUUAUUGAGUACUGUAUUCGUCAUUGGUUUCCGCCAUCGGAUCACGAGGAGUUCGUAGAUCGUGACCGCAUUCCCGUUGAAUCCGCUUGA